AGUUUGUUGGUACGCUGCUGAAGCGCAGCCUAUCCCUCGAUGAUUACUUGUUUUUUUUUGAGGUGUCAACCCUAAGUAUGUACUUACUUAAGUCGUCGAUGUGCAAUUUUUUCAAAGGAUGCUACAAAGAAUACUUCUUACUUGAGCCUCUUGUCAUUUAGUAUCAUCCCCGUCAAAACCUUCUGUGAAAAAUGCGUUUGCGUAAGCGUCGGCGACGUCGCCGUAGUUUUGUGUCUCCCUUGUUUGCAAUCUCGACGGUGGUGGUGCUGCACGACGCCGCGGAAAUAGCGCACGCUUACGACGCCCACAUUGCGGACAAGCAUGUGACCGACCCCUUGACCGUCGGUCUGUACGCUGAUCCGAAUUGCACAAAAUCGACCUUCUGGUCCGAUGUGCUCCGGCAACUCAAUGAUGCCUGUAGUAAUACGGGAGAGGGAACUACGACGUCGUUCAGGGGUGGCGCAACAAGAACUGCAGCAAGUGCUACUGCAUUUCACGACCCGGAAGCGGCUUUCUUUACGGGUGCGGAGGAGGAAACUGAUGCGGAACUUGCCGCAAAUGUGUUGAACGACCAGGAAGAAAUAGCAGAGCCGUUACCCACCCGCAUUUGCUCUUCCGCGCAGCUGCACCAAAAUAGGAUCGCGCUGGCGGGGUUUUUUAUGCGGAAUUACGGGCUGAAUGACUUGCUGAACAAUGACGAUGCGUGCCUGCUCGGGGCUUACUCCCUGUUUCUGUUCAACAUCUGGAAUGCGUGGAACGGAGGGAGCUUUCACGGGACGAUAAGAAAAGUGGAAGCGAGGUACUAGUUCUGAGCGCCAGAAAUAAGCUGGUCUUAUCAUGCAGGGUCUGCUACAAAUAGGUGUUUACGUCGCAAGGAAGUAUUCUGCUCGUUGUCGUGUAAUUCUCAUCUGCAUGAGAAAGACGGCCUAGUACGAUGGCAUUAAAAGUGUAUCCGUGCAGGCAGCUCAAAUAAAAUUGGCUUACUGUUCCAUACACGCUGGUAAACUUCGCGAUGCUGAACGACGGUUUUCUGGAAGGGGUAAGCAUUUUUUGUGAUGCAUAGUGUUACCGUGGUAAUUAGAAUCUGUCGCUUCCCUUGCACGACAAACAGCACAUGAUAGAUUUUCAACAGGCUCGACAAUCGCUCUUCCGACAAUAGGAGCAACCUUGCAAAACACUAAAACCCAGAUGACGCCGCAAUUCUACGAAGACUCCGCCUGGCCGUUGAAGGACGUCGAACUCCGUACCCUCCGAGCACAAAUCCUCUACAACGUACGAAAAUACCGACAGCACUUCCUGUUGACCAACGUCACCACGACCGAAGAAGACGGGGGCCAAGUGUACCGCGACGAGCUCAAGCGGCAGCUUUCCCAGCGCAGCCGGCGGCAGUUUGCCGACAUACCAAGUUGGGAAUCCACCCCCUUUCACGCCUACACGGGUACGCCAAUCCAAAACGUGCCACAGACGAAGGUCCGGAUUUUCGUGUAUGACGACGGGUUAUGCAUUGCAAAUAUGUCUGGGUCUGGAAAGUUGAAACUUGUAAAUGCUGGUCGUACAUCAGUGUGAAAUCUGUAUUGCAUGACCGACAGAAGUCGUAGCCUCUCAUGUCAUACAAAAGCGCAGUUUCUCAUGCGGGGUUUGUAUGAGAAAGCGUUCUACAGACUUGUCAUGCUUUUCUGCAUAAGGCAGUGGUUUCAUCAUGCACAUUGUAGCAUCACAAGUUUCCUGACCCAGACAUAUUUGCAUUUGAUACGGCUUCAGCAAGGAAAUUGGGAAACUGACCACUGGCGCGUCCUUUUGCCACCGGAGACAGUGUAACGAAUACAAAUACGGCUGGGUGGUCUGGAAACUUGUAAUGCGGGUUCGACAUCAAUCGUGAGAACGCCGCAAUUGAGAGCCAAGCAUGGCAAGUUUUUGGGUUGCUAGGUGUUGCCGACUCUGCAUGGCAAGCUGUGUUUUUGCAUGACAGACGAGCACUGGAGGGGUGUUUCUAUUUGGGCAAUGUGCAUGACAGCCUUAAGAGUCAUGCUGGCCGAGCAUGACAAACUUCGCACUCUUCCGGACCCAGACGUGUUUGCAAUGCAUACCGUGGGGCUCGGACGUCGGGUUCUACGAUUUCUUCCGGCAGGCGCCCGAGAUGACGAAAGACCCCGAAGUAUCAUAUGUAAAAACGUCCCCACCCCAUAGUCAAGUUGGGAACCUAGCAAGACAAAUCCACAAGUUUUGGGAGCCACGCAUGAGAAGUAGUUGCAGUCCGUAGCGUAGUGCAUAUUAGCAAGGACAAUCGCAUCACAAACCCAUCUGCUUAUCCUGUUUACAGCAUUACAAAUUCGACAAUGCGAUUGGAAAUGCCUGUCAUGAAGAUGCGCAUUACGAAUCUCUCUGUAAUCGCAAAUCUGCAUGACAACUCUUAGGGUGGGGACGUUUUUACUCAUAAUACGAAGAAGCGGAUUUCUUUUUCGUCCCGGGUUUCGCACUCUGUCUCCAGGUCGCCAAUUUGUACUCCUUGGACAAACUAGACGAGAUUUACAGCAAGUUGAUGAGCGAUCUACCCUAUUUAAAACGGAACAACGGGCGGGACCACAUUUUCACCUUCCAUUACCAAGACGUGUUCCGGAGCUGGCGAAAAUUCAUCCCCAACGCGAUUUUUCUGACGCCAGAGACCGAGGUCGGGUUUGAGCUGUCCAUCGACGAGCUGGGUUACGACCCGCUGCUCCAGCCGGUGUUUGACACGAGAAAGGACAUCGUCACUCCUCCCUAUAUGGAGUUCAAACACGUGUAUCCUGAGUAACAACGUCCCCACCCCAUAGUGUCAAGAUGGGAAAUCUGCUACACAAAUCAGCCAGCUUAGGUUGUUGCGCAUGACACGCUUGGGUUGCUCGUAGUGUAAUCUUGUUCAGGUCGUUUAGCAGCAUCACAGAUCUAGCCCACUAUGCUGGUUGGAGCAAUACAAAUUCCAAAGCACGACUAUCCAAGUCUUCCCAUGGGGCUCCGCAUGGGAAACAUUUUCAGCAUCCAGAUGUGCAUGACAACUAUGGGCGGGUGGGGACAUUCUUACUUAGGAUAAUGUCCUGGGGUUGCUCACGUUCAACAAACCUCUACGCGCGAGAACGAUUUUCUGCUCCUUCGCGGGAAAAUUGUGGCAGGACGUGGCGGAAGCGUAUGCGGUGCGGAACUAUCAAAUGCAACUAUCUCUAGGUCUGGAAAUUUGUGUUGCUGAUAUCUGCAUUGCAGGGUGGCCGUCUGUACGGCAUCACAGCAUGAGAAGUUUUCUUCAGCAGCUACCAAAUCCAGCACGAUCAAAUAGUUGGGCACUGGUAUUCAUGCAUCACAGAUCUUGUUGUGCUUCAAAUCUCGCAUCAGAAAUCCACCAGACCCAGACAAAAAGAUUUGCAAUGCAUAGGAACAGCGUGAAAGAAAUCUUCGGCGCGAAGGAGGACUGCCAGAUCCACGCCGAGGAGUCCAUGUCGCAAUUGUUGAACAGCCGGCAAAUGUAUUCUCUGAUGGGCGACAGCCGGUUUUGUCUGGUGCCCCGGGGCCGCGCCGCUAUCAACUGUAAAAAUGUCUGGGUCUGGAAGAAUCCAACUCGUCAUGCUGAUUUUGGAUUCUAAAAAGAUCUGUAUUGCAUGAGCAGCAAAGAGAGUCCAAGUGUUGCUACACGGAAAGAGCAUUUGUCAUGCGGUAUAGGCAUCAGGAAGCCCUCACAAUAAAAUCUGUGAUGCUAGGGCAUGCAUCACAGACAUCAGGAGUCAUGCAAAAUGUGCAUGACAAACCUGGCAAUCUUCCAGACCCAGACACUUUUACAUUUGAUAGCCGCCUGGUCCGUCCGAUUUUUCGAGACCAUGUGGGCGGGGUGCGUGCCGGUGAUACUCAGUGACCACUUUGAAACGCCGUUUGAAUCCCUGUUCGACGUGACAAAAUUCGUCAUCAAAUUUCCCGUAGCGAAAAUGAACGAGUUGUACGACUACUUGAAAUAUCAACUGCAAAUAUGUCUGGGUCUGGAAGGUUGCGAGACUUGUCAUGCUGGUUUGGCAUGACCCUCACCCUUAACUCUGUAUUGUGUGGCCACAAAAAGCCUCUCUCGCCUGUCAUGCAAAAACCCAUUUCUCGUGCGGAAUACGCAGAACAGAAGCACGAAAAAACUUGUCAUGCUUGGCAGCGCAUUACAGUGCAUUUGUCAUUGACUGACUUGCAUCACAGGUUUCCAGACCCAGACAUAUUUGCAAUGCAUAUGAAAUCCAUUCCCGUCUGGAAGCUCGAGCGCAUGCAGUAUGAGGCGCAGCGGGUGCGGUGCUGGUAUCUGUACACGCAACCGGAGAUUUCGUGGCUCGGGUCCGCCACGGUACUGCACACGCAACACCAGCUGGAGAACGUGUGUCCGAACUUGGGGUCCAGCCGAAACGCCUACCAAGCGACUUUGGAGUUGCUGGGCCGGAAGGUGCGGAAGUCGAGGAGUUUGGACCGGUUUUUCUACCCGGUGGAGGGCAUCGCGGGAAACUGGGCGGAGACAGAAGUGGUGGACAUGAAGUCAUUGGGGGUGGUGGGGAGUUUGAAUUCCGAAUCCUCGGCUCUGAUUCCUCUCUCGCGGUAGGAGGGGGAGAGAGUGUCUUGUCUUGCAGUACAACUUAGUCAGGUCGUAUCCAAAUCGCAUCUUUAAUGAUUGUAGUUCUUGAAGCCUUCAGAUCGGGUUGCAUUAUGGAAUGGCACGAAGUAGAACAGAAAUGAAAAUCAGAAGAAGGAAUUUUCUCUACCGAU